AUGGCCGCUACUUAUCUGCAGCGGGAUAUCUUUGUCAUCCACUUUAAGGAUGACAACGAGCAGUGGAGCUGUCGAAAAUAUCACCCGACAAAGGUGCAGCUGCACGGUCGCGUAUUCGACACGGCCAAGGAAUACCCUCUAUCUAUCACGGCUUGCAUUGACGAUCUGCAAGCGGCUAAAAUUGAGGUAACAGACACAUUGCCGUUGGUUCUCCGUUUCUGGGGGCGCCAUUAUUCGGCAUUCUUACAUACGGACAACGCGGCAGACCUGACAUCCUUAACGGAUGACUUUAACGGCCCGAACGCAGAGCUGUCACAGCAUUCAAAGCUACCUGCGGUAGCCUGCGCUACACAAUCGGCACUACAUGUGCAGGCUUCAUCUGGUACUGGACAGGUGACAACCACUCUGACUAGCGCUAGCCAAACAACCUCGCUCGUCGUGCACUCAGACCAGGGGGAAACAAUGGAAGUGAAUGUGCUGGCGCAAAAACGGGGCCUCGUCACCUUGCAGUCUGAAGCGGAUGGCAUGGACGACGACGGGGAUCCCAGUUCCCUGGGGGCAUCUAAACCAAAAAAAGGCAGAGUCACGGUUAGUCCUCGACAGUCCGAGAUGGCUUCCUCAGACGGACGUAUUGAUCGUGAGGAGUGGCCAUCGAUUUGGUGCGCCUCAGGAUCUGAAUGGCCGGUCACGGCUGAGACGUCGUACCCUUUGGUUCAUAGUGGAACGGAGGCGUGGCUCACAACGGUGCGAAUGGAGCCAAAUCUUCUGCUCAAUCACGUACGACACUUUGUCUUUCCAGAUGAAAUACUAGCCAGCUUAUCAGACCAGGUUUAUGUGCAGUGGACAUCCAAGUGGCGACAGGAGUGCCUGGUCUCGGUUCUUCAAGCGUACCGUCUCAGGGUGAAGGAUGCCACCACCUCACAGUAG